CAUCGACGAAAAGCUGUUUUCAUACAUGGCACAGCAUUACCAGCUGAAUUAACUUAUAACGAUAAAAGAAUGAGACACGACGUUGACUUUGGAAGCGGUACAGGAAAUGGCGGUGUAUGUCCAGGACUAUUGUGGUCCUCCCUGUGGUUCCUACAGCUAGUCUUCAUGGGUUGGCCUGUUGCCUUUUUUGUCGCCUGGAUCUAUGUCCUACUUUUGCCAUUCAGCGCCUGUGUUGAUGUCCUCAAAAGUGUUUGUGAAUUCAUCCUCAAGGUUGUUCAGCUGCCACUUACAUGCGCAGAAGGAAUGAUUUCUAUGAAACCUAUGUUUUAA